GGCCACGGGAGGUCACCGUCAUAAUAACAGAGCCAGACAACAUCCAACAUCUGAGUCGAUUCGGUUUUUGGAAGCCAUCGGUGCUUCUGUCUACAGCUUCACGAUGAGUCUCCUCAUUCGAGCGAUGCCCCGGACAGCUCUGCUCCGAGCCAGCAUCCUCAAGUCGCAGCCAUGCUUGUCAGCUCUCGCCAAGCGCGAAUCCAGUACGGGAAACCAUACCCCUCUGUGGACCGCGGAGAGAGCCGUCUCUGCAGCUCUGAUUGGCGUCACACCUCUCGCACUCGCUAUGCCGAAUCCCGCUACGAAUUUCCUCUUGUCGCUGGCAUUGACAGCGCACAUCCACUGGGGGAUGGAAGCGAUCGCUGUCGAUUACGUGAGAGCUCGGGUCGUUGGUAGCGUACUCCCCAAGCUCGCCAUGGGUGCCGUCUACGGGCUAAGCUUUGCGACCCUCGGCGGUUUGAUGUACUUCAACUUCACCGAUGUAGGCCUGGCCAAUGCCAUCCUGAUGUUCUGGAAGCUAUGAUCAUCUUAGUGUAUUUAUAGUUAUUGACCAUCCUGCUCGAUUGUAAGAGGUGAGAUAGGGUGGUAGAAGGAAAUAAAGCUUGUCCGACAAGGUCGAGAAGGAG